CAAUGUAAUAUUUAAAAUGAAUUGAAAAAACUCGAUAUUUUACCUUGAGAAUAUAAGUGUGACAAAUAUUUAGGAACGCAACAAGUAUGUAUUUUUGCAAAUAUCCGAAGUUGGCCCGUAAAAACACUUUUGAAUAAGCCAAAAUCUUUGUGUGCGUGGCAAAAAUACAAGCCUUGUCAUCUCCUUUUAUAUACACGUGUCACCCUCUCCUUCAAUCUCUCUCCUCAUAUAUUUUCCUUUACCUCCCCCCCUCUCUCUCUCUAGAAAGCUCAGAUCAGAAAGCUUUUGCAUUUGCUGUUGCUUAAUAAUUGUAGAAUUAAGAAAAGGUUUGGAUUGAUCAUCAUCUACUAUGGCUUCAUCUGCACAACAAGAGGCUGCUGGGAAAGGGAAAAGUAAGAUGUCCAAACACAUAAAACAUGGGUACCAUCUCCUUGAGGGAAAGAUGGGUCAUGCUAUGGAAGAUUACGUUUUUGCCCAGUUUAAGGAAGUCGGCGACAACGAGCUCGGACUCUUCGCCAUCUUCGAUGGUCACUUAAGCCGCGAAGUCCCCAACUUUCUCCGUUCUCACUUGUUCGAUAACAUCCUCAACCAGCCAAACUUUUGGACUGAACCGGAGAGCGCUAUCCGAAGAGCGUAUCGGAUAACUGAUUCGACAAUUUUGGAGAAAGCAUCGGAGUUGGGCAAAGGAGGCUCGACAGCGGUCACUGCAAUACUGAUCAAUGGCAAGAAGCUCGUCGUGGCUAACGUUGGAGACUCUCGGGCAGUCAUCUGCAAGAAUGGGACCGCCAAGCAACUCUCCGUGGAUCACGAGCCCCAAAGGGAGAAGAAGGUCAUUGAGGAUAGAGGCGGCUUCGUGUCCAACUUUCCAGGGGAUGUACCUAGAGUCGAUGGGCAGUUGGCGGUGGCAAGGGCAUUCGGCGACAAGAGCUUGAAGGAACACCUCAGUUCAGAACCGGACGUGGUGACGGAUGCCAUUGACGAAACCACCGAAUUUCUUAUCUUGGCUAGUGAUGGCAUAUGGAAGGUGAUGACGAACCAAGAGGCGGUUAACUGCAUUAGAGGAAUAACUGAUCCCAUUUCAGCCGCGAAGCACCUUAACAAAGAGGCGGUGUCGAGGAAGAGUUCCGACGACAUUUCGUGCAUCGUUGUUAGGUUCAACUGAUCUUCUUGUUGAACACUGCACUGGAUUAUAUGU